GUCACACUAUUACCAGUGUUUUGUGAAUUGCUCCAGAAUCGAAUCCAGAAUAAAAUUGUUAACAAAAAGAUGAUGCAGAUGAGCGAGUACAAGGUGGUGCCGCAGAAUGCGCCGCAGGACGACACGGUGGUUCGCCAGCCGCAGGCGGUGGUGCCCGGAAUGAACGCAAAUGGAGCUGAGAACUGGAUGUCGAUACCGGUGGGCAUGCCCAACUGCCCGCAGGGCCUCGAAUACUUGACCGCCCUGGACCAGCUGCUCGUGUCGCAGAAGAUCGAGAAACUGGAGCUGCUCACCGGCUUCGAGACGAAGAAUCGCUUCAAGGUGAAGAACUCGCUGGGCCAGAAUGUGUACUUUGCGUACGAGGAGAGCGACUGCUGCACCCGGAAUAUGCUCGGCCGAUCGCGUCCCUUUGAGAUGAAGAUCCUGGAUAACUUUCAGAACGAGGUGCUCCAUCUGUACCGGCCAUUUAAGUGCGACAUCCUCUGCUGCAUCCCCAGCUGCAUGAACGCCGUGGAGGUGUCGGCUCCGCCCGGCCAGGUGAUCGGAAGCGUGGAGCAGGUCUGCACCUUCCUGCGCCCCAAGUUCAACAUCAAGAACAACUGUGGCGACACCGUCCUGCAGAUCGAGGGACCCCUCUGCCCCUGCAAGUGCUUCAGCGACACCAACUUCAAGGUAUUGAGCGCCAAUAAUGAGGAGAUCGGAAAAAUAAGCAAACAAUGGUCUGGAUUGGGCAGGGAGCUGUUCACCGAUGCGGAUUACUUCAGCGUCACCUUCCCCCUGAAUCUGGAUGUUCGCAUGAAGGCACUCAUAUUCGCAGCGCUCUUUUUGAUUGACGUGGUUUACUACGAGCAGUAAGCUUUCAGUGAAUCGAUUUAUAAAUGAACAGACGUUAUUAUCGCCGACUGCUUUUUGGUUCGACGUGUUUCACCGUCAUAGCUUUAAGAAUUUUUUAAUAUUUUAUUUAAUUAACGUUUCCGGGAAUCUGAACAGUGCAACGCUUUGUGAUCGAUUUGGAAUCUCCACACAGCAAAGGAAUCUCCCCGCACAAUUUUGAACUGAACUGCAGUUGUUGCACCUUCGAUUUUUAAAGAACCUUGGUUUUGGCAUUAAAAAAAAAAAAAAACGCACAACAAUGUAGCACAAAGACACUGACAAAAAGCAAACACACACUAUGGAAAACAGACUACACACGAAGAAAGAAAAACCAGACGAGAACGAGUGCCUUAUGACGUCCUAGUUGUUAUUGUCGUCGCCCCGCCCCGUUUUUCCCCGAUUUAUAUACCUCGACAUACUUAGCUUUGUUGUACCAAAAGGUCGGAGCACACAGGAUUACUUAACUGCAACCAUGGCGUACCUAACUAAUUUACUAUUAUCUAUUACCAAUUACCUACUACAUAAUACAUAUAUUUUUGUAUGAAACUAACCGCAAUCGAAUAUUGUUAUCCAUUAUAUUGUGACCCACACAAUUUGCAUCACUUAAACAUGUACUUCAUCAAUUUAUUUAUCUCUCAGUUAUGCUGUAAAAUAAACAAACUAUAUUUUAUACAAAA